AUGAGCAGGAGACGGAUGGGCGCACGGCCGUCUGCUUGCUGUGAUAACCGAGGGGCUCCGGGCACUGUGGGGGCUGUGCCCAGCACUGCCCCGGCCACCAGUGACCACCGUCGUGGCCUGUGGAUGCCCCAAGCAGGUUCCCUUGGAGACAUGGAGGCCGGAGAGGAGGCCCAGGCCGUGGACACCAGCCUCUCAGAGCAGGAGCCCGUGGCACCAGAGCCUGAGGCCACAGGGGAGCCCGAGCCCCCAAGCCCUUCCAGCGCAGGCAUCUCCAAACUCUCUGUGGACCCUCCUGGUGGCAGUCUGGAGGGGAAUCAGGGCAUUUCUCAAGAUCUUAAUCUGCCCCCACCGCCACCACCCCCCACAUCCCCAGGAGGCCCCGAGGAAAUGGAGGGGCAGGAGCCAGAGACAAGGCCCAAGGAGGAGGAGGAGAUGGGCAGCCCCUGGAACGGGCCAGACGAGCUGGAGCUGGUGCUGCAGGACGGGCAGAGGCGCGCACGGGCCCGGCUCAGCCUCGCCGAGGGCCUGUCCUGGGGCCCAUUCCACGGGAGUAUCCAGACCAAAGCCGCAUCCCCCGGGCAGGCAGAGCUGAGCCCGGCCCUGACCCUGCUGCUGGUGGACAAGGCCUGCUGGCUGAGGAUGCUGCCCAGAGCCGUGACUGAGGCUGAAGCCAACGCAGAGAUCUACAGGAAGGAUGAAGCCCUCUGGUGCAGGGUCACCAGGCCGGUGCCAGCAGGUGGACUCCUGAGCGUGCUCCUGGUGGCCGAGCACUGCAGCACCCCCAGCCACCCCAUGAAGAAGGAGCCAGUGGAGCCCACGAGCCCAGCCCCCAUACACAGUGACAUCCAUCUGCUACCCCAGCAGGCCGGGAUGGCAUCCAUCCUCGCCACGGCGGUCAUCAACAAAGACGUCUUCCCCUGCAAGGACUGCGGCAUCUGGUACCGCAGCGAGCGCAACCUGCAAGCCCACCUCCUCUACUACUGUGCCAGCCGCCAGAGCGCCAGCUCCCCUACCACGGCUGCUGCAGACGAGAAACCCAAGGAGACUUACCCCAAUGAACGCAUCUGCCCCUUCCCCCAGUGCCGCAAAAGCUGCCCCAGCGCCAGCUCCCUGGAGAUCCACAUGCGCAGCCACAGCGGAGAGCGUCCCUUUGUGUGCCUGAUCUGCCUGUCGGCCUUCACCACCAAGGCCAACUGCGAGCGGCACCUCAAGGUGCACACGGAUACGCUGAGCGGUGUCUGUCACAGUUGCGGCUUCAUCUCCACCACAAGGGACAUCCUCUACAGCCACCUGGUAACCAACCACAUGGUCUGCCAGCCAGGGUCCAAGGGUGAGAUCUACUCGCCAGGGGCUGGACACCCAGCUGCCAAGCUCCCCCCAGAGAAUCUGGCCACCUUCCAGCAGCACACGGCCCUGCACAGCCCUCUGGCCUCAGCAGAUCUGAGCCUGGCGCCCACCGCAUCUCCAGGACGAGACAGGAAGGCCCAGGCCGAGGCCACCAACGGAGAGGCCAGAGUGACCCCCCAGAAUGGAGGCAGCAGCGAGUCCCCGGCGGCCCCCAGGAGCAUCAAGGUGGAGGUGGCGGAGGAGCCCGAGGCGGCCCGCGCCCCCGGCCCCAGAGAGCCAGGGCCCCAGGCCCCUUCGCGGACACCAUCGCCUCCCAGCCCUGCUCCGGCCAGGGUGAAGGCCGAGCUGUCCAGCCCCACACCGGGUUCCAGCCCAGGGCCUGGCGAGCUGGGCCUGGCCGGGGCCCUCUUCCUGCCGCAGUACGUGUUCGCGCCGGAUGCGGCGCCCCCCGCCUCGGAGAUCCUGGCCAAGAUGUCCGAGCUGGUGCACAGCCGGCUGCAGCAGGGCGCGGGGGGCGCGCCGGCAGGCCUCUUCGCCGGGUCCCCGAAGGGUGCCACGUGCUUCGAGUGCGAGAUCACCUUCAACAACGUCAACAACUACUACGUGCACAAACGACUUUACUGCUCGGGCCGCCGCGCGCCCGAGGACGUGCCCGCCGCGCGCCACAAGAGCGCGCCGGCGUCCGCGCCCGCGCCCAGCAGCAGCCCGCGGUUCUGCCGACUGUGCAACAUCCGCUUCAGCAGCCUGUCCACCUUCAUCGCGCACAAGAAGUACUACUGCUCUUCGCACGCGGCCGAGCACGUGAAGUGA